GCACAAAGCUGGUACCUGGUCCAAUCUCUACAGAUCUGGCGCCACUUUCGCUGUGCUAGCUAUCCUAAGCUCUCCCCCGCUACCACGGCACCGCGAUCUACUCUGCUUGACACUUUGCAGCAAUGCGAAAGCGUGGACCGCGUUACAUACAAUCCUUGGCUCUCACCUACCAGGUCGGUUUCGCUCGACAAAUCGCAUGACGCUCACGACAUUAUAACCUUCCCGGCUACACCAGCGCCGCUCGGAAUAUAGUAAUCGCCAUAUCUUGCCAGGGGAAACAGCCUUCAAGCAGGCCAACAUGUCGAACCAAGAGACCGGUUCGAUGGCGUCUCAGUCCAGCUCCGCACUAUCCAUAUCAAACCAUCCACCCGAAAGACUGCCCGGACCAUGUCUUCUCCACGAGCUCGUUGCGCAACGCUCAAAACUUGAUCUUCCUUCUAUUUCCUCUCUUUCUCGUCUCGGCCAUUUGUCUGAAGUAUCCUACUCAGAACUGCACCAAGCUGCAGACCGUCUAGCUACUAGGGUGGUUGCCUCGCGCGGCUUGUCUCCUCAGACCGAGUUUAUCGUCCCCGUCCUGGUCCCACAGAGCACACAACUGUACAUUGCCCUGUUAGCCAUCUUGAAAGCCGGUGGCGCCUUUUGUCCCCUGAACCUCGAUGCACCACCCGAGAGAAUCAAGUUCAUAUUGCAAGACGUCGGUGCCAGGGUUGUGCUGACGACACCCGAACUGGCCUCCAAAGUCGCUGGAGAUGAGCUCGGCAUCUCUCUGAUCACUCUGACGGACACCAACACUGCCCUUGACUUGGUCACGGAUUUCUUAGUCGCCAAGGAAGAAACACCUCCGAUCAACACCCCAGAGCCCCAGAGUUUGGCAUAUGUCAUGUACACAUCAGGCUCUACAGGAACUCCCAAGGGAGUAGGCAUAACUCACGAUGCCGCAACGCAAAGUCUGCUCGCUCACGACCGUCAUAUACCAGAGUUUGAGAGGUUCCUGCAAUUUGCCUCGCCAACCUUUGACGUGUCUGUCUUCGAAAUAUUUUUCCCCUUGUUUCGAGGCUGUACGUUGGUCACCUGUGACAGGUCUAAGAUGCUGGAUGACCUCCCGGGUGUCAUGACAGCAAUGCGUGUUGACGCAUGCGAGCUGACGCCCACCGUCGCUGGAAGCCUCCUUCGAACCAGAGCAAGCGUACCCUCGCUGAAGCUGCUGCUCACGAUCGGAGAAAUGCUGACGCCACGGGUUGUGAAAGAGUUUGGAGGAGACUCGACUUCGCCGAGUAUACUUUGGGGAAUGUAUGGACCGACAGAAGCAGCUAUUCACUGCUUUUCUUUCACCCUAUCACCAAUCGGCCAGAUUGGUGAGCUGGUGGUGGGUGGCUAUCAGCUUGCGAAAAACUAUCUGAACCGGCCCGAACAAACCGAUGCGGCCUUCAUAGACUCUCCCUACGGCCGUCUAUAUCGCACCGGAGACAAAGCUCGCAUGCAAUCAGAUGGCACACUCGAGUGUUUUGGCCGGAUUUCUGACGGUCAGGUCAAGCUCCGUGGCCAGCGAAUCGAGCUGGGUGAGGUGGAGCAGGCUGCCAUACGAGACCCACAAUGUCGUGACGCUAUCGCCAUGGUCGUCGACAAUAUUCUGGUCAUCUUUUGUGUUCUCGAAGCCACAGACUCAUCUAAAGAACUGACCUCUGAGUCGAUUCUGCAGACUUGCAGGCAAUGGCUCCCAACCUUUAUGAUCCCUGGAGAUGUGGUCAUCAUCAAUGAGUUUCCGCGGCUGGCUUCGGGCAAGAUUGAUCGCCACCAGAUGAGGCGCGAGUACGGAGUCACCAAGAACACCAACACCACCGUGACGCAGAAUGACCUGGGUCCUCUGGAAAAAAAGAUCACGACAGCGAUCUCAAAUUUGGUCGGGUCUCCUGUGACUCUUCAGGAUGUUCUGUCAGCACAUGGCAUUGAUUCCCUUCGGGCAAUUCAACUAGCGUCGGCGCUGCGGAAGGAAGGUCUCCAAACAUCCCCUCUUGAUGUGGUCAGUUCCAACACAAUCUCCGCUUUGUGUACCAAAGUCCGAGCUGUGGACAAUGAGGCUCAAAGACGGCAUCACAUCAAGCAGCCGCCGGAUGCUAAGAAAAUCUUGGCAUCGAGCGACACGUUGCAAAGUAUGGACUCCCAGAUCGAAGGGUUUGACUGGUGUACCCAGCUCCAGAGUUCCAUGCUGUUUGAGACAUCCGCCAACAGCAGUGCGUACCACAAUCUGCUCGAACUGGAAUUCCCUGCCUCAUGUUCUCUCGAGCAAGUAAGGAAUUGCCUGGAAAAGAUGGUGCAGCAAAACGACAUUCUCCGAUCGGGUUUCGUUGAGACUGGGGGCAGCUUUGUGCGUGUGAUUUUGAAAUCACUCCCAAAGUCCCAGAUCCAAAGCGUCAAUCAGUUUACGUUGUCCGCGCAACAGACUGCGGAUGAUGACUAUGAGAGUAUCUGGCUUCGCCCUUUCCAGGCGCAGGUUGCAAACUCGGCGGCCGGAGCUCCCCCACGCCUUCUCUUGCGUAUGCAUCACGCCAUUUACGACGGCUGGACCGUCGACCUCAUGAUCCAAGACUUGACGGCCAUCCUGGCAGGUCAAGAAGCAGGACCUCGGCCUCAAUUCGGACAAGUAACAGCAUUUUUCAACUCGGCUCCGUUGAUAGACCUGGAUGUUUCUAGAGCAUUUUGGGCAGAGCAGCUGUUUGACUGGCAAAAGCCAAGUUUCCCACGCCUCAUGAGCCGACCACCUGAUUCCUCGGAGCCUCAAUCAAUGUCGCGUACGCUGACGCUGUCGGAGGGGGAUCUGGAAGAAGCGGCCAAGAAGCUCGGCUUUCAUGCCCAGGUAUUUUUCCAAGCUGCUGUAACGCUGAUCUGGGGCACAAUACUGGGAACCUCGGACGUUGUCAUUGGUUGCGUCUCGUCAGGCAGGACUCUUCCCGUCGACGGCAUUGAGGAUAUCAUGGGGCCCUGCAUAGCUUCAUUACCUUUACGAACUGACCUCAGGGCUCUAAAAACUGUUGGGGAUCUGCUGAGGAACACGCAAAGGACGAAUCGAAGAUCUCUGCAGCACGGCAUCCUGCCCUUGUCCGAAAUCCGCAGGGCGGCCAGUAUACAACCUGGCGACGCCUUGUAUGAUAUACUCUUCGUCUAUCAACAAUCGCUCACUAGUCACCUGCGACACGCAUCUCCGAUUCGAGAAGUCUCUCACCGCGACUUCCUCGAGACAAAAGUCUUGAUCGAGAUCGAACCAGUCGUGGACAGUUUCAAGUGCCAUAUCACAUACCAUGCUGACGCCAUGUCCCCUGAUUUCGCAACUCUCUUCCUCGACCAGAUCGACUGCAUCACUCAAACUCUCCACAUCAACCCGACCGCGCUGUUGCAUGAUGUCUCGCAGUGCGUGCCGCCAGCGCUGGCGUCUAUCUACAAUCCGGAACCAGUGACAUUGGCAGAUAGCCCUGACCUGGCGACAUGCUUUGAACGUUCGGCAUCGGCGGCGCCUGAGGCAGAUGCGAUCUGCUUUGCCAAAUCCUUCACCUCAUCAAACCUUGAUUGCGAAACCAUGUCUUACCAGGAGCUCAAUAACCUGUCGAAUCGUAUUGCAUGGUACCUGCGUAGCCAGGGAGUGCUCGAAGGCGACACAGUCGCCAUCGUGAUGGAAAAGUCAAUUCUGCUUUAUGCCACGAUCCUUGGGACUUUGAAGGCUGGGGCUGCCUACUUGCCUCUUCUUCCAUCCACACCGGCCAGCAGACUGCAAUUAAUCCUUUCUCAGGCCUCGACCACUGCCUGUUUGGUCGAUCAGCAGGCGAUUGUUGCAGUGGCAGACGUCGUGGCUUGCCCGCUCUACGACAUGCAGUCGACGUCACUGUCAGAACUUCCCACACACAAUCCGCCUCGACAAGCUCAGCCCUCUCGCCCCGCAUACAUCAUUUACACCUCUGGGACGACCGGUGUUCCUAAAGGUGCCUGCUUGUGCGCGGGGUCCAACGACACUCUCUUCGCAGAUCUGGAGCAGUCCAUACGCUCACUGGGCUGCACACAUCUCAGCUUGACGCCCACUGUGGCGUCGCUCAUCCGCCCAUCCCACGUUCCAAAUGUUCAGUUUCUGGUCACCGCCGGCGAACCAAUGACUUCAGCCGUUUCGGAGUCGUGGGGCGAGUACCUCUACCAAGAUUCAAUGUCAAGCGUUCCCCGCGGAUGCUUCGGCGAGUUCUGUUUUGGCGGCGAUCAAGUUGCGCAGGGUUACAUUGAUCUCCCAGAGAUCACUAGUGCGAAGUUCGUCAACCACCCCGAGUUCGGCCGCAUCUAUCGCUCUGGAGACAUGGGCCGGAUGCUACCUGACGGGUCUUUGCUGGUGACGGGACGUCUGGACGGCCAGGUGAAGUUGAGGGGCCAACGCAUCGAGACCGGAGAAAUCGACAGUAUUGUGACAGCAGCCAAAGAAGUCCUCUCGUGUACGUCACUGAUCCUGCAGCCCACUGGAUCGAGCAGCGAACAGCUCGUUUCUUUCUACACACCAGCAGCCCACACGAAUGUAGCAAACGCGUCGUUCGACUUCCAUGACGAGCUCGCAGCCCUUAACCAGCAGCUCUUUGCGCAACUAUCGUCGCGACUCUCACGAUACAUGGUGCCGUCGUACCUGAUCCCUCUGAGCACCAUACCUCAGACUUCCAGCGGCAAGGUGGACAAGGCGGCGUUGCGCAGCCUCUUCAAUGGACUCACCCAACAUCAACUCGGUCUCGUCUCCAAUAACCAAGAGCAUGGGACCGAUGAAGACGAGUGGUCUGACAGCGAAAGACUAGUAGCUGAGGUGAUUGCACAGAGUCUGAAUGUACCACGUGAUAGGGUCUCCCGCUGGCAACCGUUGGCAACGAUCGGUCUGGACUCCAUCUCGGCCAUUUCUGUGGCACGGUCACUUGGGGACACGGUCAAUCGACGCAUCCCAAUCUCUCACAUCUUACAGAACCCCUACGUUGCCCUCUUAGCUCGGCUUGCGACAGAGAACGCGCCAGAUGAACGUGUCGUUGAGGAUGAGGCGACUGACUCGCCAUUCUUGUCCCAAGACAUCAGAGAGCACAUCACCGCGCAAUUCGCUGAACACAAACAUGCUGUCCAGGAGGUUCUACCUUGUACUCCCUUGCAGGAAGCCAUGCUAUCAGCUGCUGGUGCUUCCUCGUACUCCAACCAGUUAGUCCUGCGACUGACUGCCUCUUCGCCGGAGAUGAAAAGCCACUGGCAAACGGUGAUUGAUCGCCACGAUAUUCUGAGGACGUGCUUCGUCACGACUACGGAUGCCCAGUACGCCAUUGCCCAGGUCGUCCUGCAAAGAUGGGAGGUCCCGUUGAGGACGUCAAGGCACCCGAGCCUUGAAGACGCUGUAGAAAACUGUAGAAGACGAGUUCCUUUCGCUCUCGACUCACAACGACCGCCCUACGGCUUAGAUCUUCUCGACAUCGACAACACCUUUUUCUUGGUCUUCACCUGCCACCAUGCACUCUACGACGGAGAGUCCAUGAGCGUUCUUCUCCAGGAGAUAGAGCAGCUUGUUCGAGGGGAGAGCUUGCCAUCGCCCAUACCAUACACGCCCGUGAUACGACAGAUGCUGUCACCGCAGCCAAGUAGCGAAGGCUUCUGGAAAGAAUUGUUCAAAGGCUUCGUCGGAGCGAGGCGGGAGACUUUUAUCAACCGCAAGCAAGCGUUACCUCUGGGUUACACGUCUCCGCCACCCCGACCUCAAACGUACACGUCGCAGAUUAGUUUAGGCUUGACCGCCUGGCAAAAGGUUGCCAGGGAUACCAACACAUCGAUAUUAGCUCUUGGACAGGCUACCUGGGCCAUCUUGAUUGGCAUCGUGUCUGGCCAGGAUGACGUGUGCUUUGGAAACGUCAUGAGUGGCCGCACUCUUCCCGUGAGCGGCAUUGAACGACUGGUUGCGCCGUGCUUCAACACGGUGCCCAUUCGCAUCGAAACCAACCGGCGCAUGCAGGUGACGGACUUGCUAACGAAGCUGCACGUGCUCAACUCAAAAAUCCUCGAUCACCAAUUCGCCUCUUUGCGGUCUAUUCAAAAACUUGUGUCUCGGCCUGGUCGGAGCCUCUUCGACACUAUUCUUCUGUUGCAACCCCCCAAGAAAGACCUCGACAGCGCGAUCUGGGAGCUUGCUGAAGAUACCGGAGGCAUGGAUGUGAGGCUUGUCUAUGAGGUUAUUGUGAGCUGGACUGACACAAGUCACAGGUUCCGCUGGUUUCAUCAUCAAUGUCACAAGCUUUCUCACGACCUGCCAGAAGACAUACGCAGCAGUAUAGCCAACGCGUCCCACGAGUCGCCCCAGAACAACCCCGACCAACAAGAAAGUAGUUUCUCUGGUCCAAGCUACUCUGCAACUGUGCACAAAGAGCCUUGGAGCGAGCUGGAGAAAGCCAUCCGCGACAUCCUUUCGAAGCUCUCAGGCGUGGCAGUGAGCCGAAUCGGCCUCCAGACAACCAUAUUCCAGCUUGGUCUGGACAGUAUCAACGCUGUUCAGAUUGCCACCCUCUUGAGAAAGCAGGAUCAUAAUGUCUCGACUUUUGACGUUGUCGACUGUCCUUCUUGCGCAAGCCUUGGCCAGCGAAUCGCUCGUCGGGUCGGAGAGCAAAGCCCACUUCACACGGAACCGGAGGCAGUCUUCCCAUGCACUCCGGUGCAAUGUGGCAUGCUGAAGGACUUUAUCGAAUCUGGCGGAGUCGAUUACCUCAAUUACCUGGCAUUGGAACUCGACCAACAUCUCAGCCCUGAAGAGGUGGAGAACGCCUGGAGACAGCUUGUUCAAGCUCACCCGAUUUUGCGCACUGGGUUCGUGCCCGCAAACCAUGCCGAUGCUCCCUUUGCUAUGGUGCAGCAUUCCUUCGCAGCAACUCUUGUGGCCAAGAGCGUGACAUUUUCGGACACGGAUUUCGAUGCGCAAGUUUGGAAGGCCCAAAGCUCUCAGCAAGUGCUCAAUGCCUUGGAGCAAUCGCCGUGGCGGAUAGCUUUGGCGACGCAAGGCGGAACGACGAUACUGCAUCUACUGAUACACCAUGCGCUGUAUGAUGCCUAUUCGCUUCACAGGCUGUUGGGAGAUCUUGGUUCCAUCUUGAAUGGUUCUUCACCUCCAACUCCGACUGGCUCUACUCGAGACGUGGUUUCUGCAAUUCUUGGAUCUGCCCUGGCAGACGAGUCCUCGAAAGCCUUCUGGCUAGAAAAGUCAUCUCAGACCAUCAUCAACAGGUUCCCAACAAUGACUCCUCUGAUUGAACCGUCUUCGGCCACGUACACGGAGACGUGCCGUUCGCGACUAGAUUUUGCUACACUUCAAAGCCGAGCCAGCAUGGCCGGCGUCACAAUUCAGGCCAUGCUCCAGGCUGCGUGGACUCGGCUGCUAUCUGCCUAUGUUGGCGAGCAAACGCUUGUAUUUGGAGUCGUGCUUUCGGGCCGCACCUUGCCAAUGACAGAUGAUGCAGUGUUCCCUUGCAUCACGACAGUCCCGGUCAUCUCUCACAACCAAGCGUCCAACACGGAGCUUCUGUCUCAAAUGAUGCAAUACAGCAGCCAAUUGUCGGCCCACCAGCAUGCACCUCUUUCUAAAAUACAGCAAUGGCUCGGCCACCCAGGCACCCCCCUAUUCGACACUCUGCUCGUGUAUCAGAAGACUGCAAACGGACCGUCAUCGGCCCAGAAGCUGCCGUGGCGUCAGAUCAGUGACGAGGGCAAGCUUGACUACGCUGUUUCCCUGGAGAUCGAGCCGUCAAACGACGGGCAUAUCAGUCUUCAUCUAUCGUCUCAUACAGGUGUUCUUCCGCGGCAACAGGCGUCAAUUGCCCUCCGUCAAUUCGAUGCCAUUUUAGCUGAUCUCGCCACCAACCCACAAGGCCAAGAAGCUCAAAUCUGGCACGAUGAUGCUGAAUUGACAUCUAUUCUGCCGCCGCGCGACAUUGAGAUAGAUUCCGAGGUCGCAUUUCUUCACCAUUUCGUCGAAGAGACGGCUAGAACAUCCCCCGACGGGCUUGCUCUCGAAUUCGUUACCGCCUUUAACGGUGAAAGCCCGGAGAGUCACAGCGUCACCUUCAAAGAGCUGAAUGAGAUGGGCAACCGCGUCGCCAACACAUUGGCUCAACAUGUUGCCAGCCGCGGUAUCGUUGCGGUGCACUUUGACAAGUGCCCAGAAGCCUUUUUCGCCAUCUUGGGCAUUCUGAAGGCAGGCUGUUCGUUCCUAGCUCUUGACCCCUCGGCCCCGAAAGCGAGGAAAGAAUUCAUCCUCAGAGACUCGGGAGCCGUAGCACUCUUGGCCCGCGAUGCUCUGGACUUUCAGCCGGCGCAAAUUGUUGUCGAGAUCGAAGAGAGCAAGCUCUACGCUGCCAGCGCUGAACCUUGCCAACUGGGCCACGAUUUGUUCAAGAAUGACACUUGCUACUGUCUCUACACUUCAGGAACAACGGGUACACCGAAAGGUUGUGAGAUAACGCAUGAGAAUGCAGUCCAAGCAAUUAAGGCGUUCCAGCGUCUAUUUGCCGGUCACUGGGACGAAGAAUCGAGGUGGCUGCAGUUCGCUUCGUUCCAUUUCGAUGUGUCUGUUCUGGAGCAAUACUGGAGUUGGUCAGUCGCAAUGCCCUUGGUCGUUGUUCCGCGAGAUAUCAUUCUCGACGACAUUGCGGCGACGAUACGACGUCUUCGCAUCACACAUCUGGAUCUCACGCCUAGCCUUGCUCGGCUUCUCGACCCGAAGGAUGUCCCGACACUCUGCAGGGGCGUCUUCAUCACGGGCGGCGAAGCCCUGAAACAGGAGAUUCUCGACACCUGGGGCCCUCAGGGAGUCAUCUACAAUGCAUAUGGCCCCACAGAGACCACGAUAGGCGUAACCAUGUAUCAGCGCGUGCCACAGAAUGGCCGCGCCUCCAACAUUGGGCGCCAGUUCGACAAUGUCGGCACCUACGUCUUUGAGCCUGGUACUGAAAAGCCGGUGUUGAGAGGUGCCGUUGGUGAACUUUGCAUUUCCGGGAAGUUGGUCGGCAAGGGCUACCUGAACCGCCCUGAGCUCACUGCUGAACGCUUCCCAGUCCUUGAGCAUUUCAAGGAGAAGAUAUACCGCACAGGAGAUCUAGUUCGGGUCAUGUAUGACGGGUGUUUCGAGUUCCUUGGUCGUGCUGAUGACCAGGUCAAGCUACGCGGACAGCGUCUGGAGAUUGGAGAGAUCAACCACGCCAUCCGCACAGGUGUUGCUGCCGUCAAGGACGUGGUCACUCUUGUGACCAAGCAUCCAAAAGUGGACAAGGAUCUUCUGGUGACCUUCGUCACGUCAAGCGAAGCAGCAACAUCAAUUGGUGAACUUGAGGUGCUUGGCGGAGCGGAAACCUUCAAGCUCAGACAGACAGUUCUGAAGGCAUGCCGUCACAAACUCCCUGGCUACAUGGUGCCGUCCUACGUCCUUGAGGUUCCAUUCAUUCCUCUUUCCAUCAACAAUAAGGCGGAAAUGAAGAUCCUACGCCACCUAUUCGCCUCGCUGACACCGGAACUGCUGCUGCACGUCUCUGCCCCUGCUCCCUCACAGGAGGCCCUAGCUACCACAAAGACCCAAAAGACGGUGCUGAGAGCUGUGUCAAAGUUCUCUGGCGUUUCUGCUAGCGAGCUCUCUCUGAACAGUAACCUGUUUGACCUCGGUAUUGAUUCGAUCUCGUGCCUUCGCCUCUCACGACUUUUGAAACAGGACGGUCUGCGAACUGCGGACCCGGCGUUGGUACUCAAGAACCCCUUCCUCGGCGACCUUGCCGAAGCCCUUGAUAUCCCCCAUGACCACGACUUUCCGAGCGCCGUCAGAGAAGCCCAACAGCAAAUUCAUGCGUUUAGCCAUCGCUUCAGACACGAAGUUCGGCAGAAACUGCCACUUCCAGCAGGGAUUUCUGUUGACUACAUUGCCCCGUGCACUCCCCUGCAGGAAGGCAUGCUGUCUCGGACGUUUUCCCAGGGAGAAGAGUCCUACUUUGUUUCAUUCCAACUCAAACUGAGUGACAAUCUCGUGGCAAGCCGGUUGCAAGAGUCUUGGGAUAAGCUCGUUGCCCUACAUCCGAUUCUGCGGACCCGAUUUGUGCCAACCUCGGGAGGGUUCGCUCAGGUGGCUCUUUCCCCGACACAGAUUCCGUGGAAAAGCUACACAGUCGGCCAAGAUGGAGUUAAACUGCUGCUCCAGGAGGCGCGCUCGUCCUGGAUCAAGAAUAACCAAGACAGCAUCUUGGAGCCGAUGGAAUGCCUCGUAGUCAAUUCCGAAGGAGAUAGACUGCUGGUAGUGCACAUUUUCCAUGCCCUUUACGACGGAAUCAGUUUCGAGUCCAUGUUGCAGUGGCUAGCUGAUGACAUAUCGCAGAAGCCCCAUGCACAGCGACCGGCUUUCUUGGAUACCCUGUCACAUGGGCCUCUGCAAAACUUUGACCACAGCCGGUUCUUCUGGUCAGAGCAUCUCAGCUCGUGCACCUUUGAGCCUCUGCCACGGAUAAUUACCGAUGAAGCACCAUCCCUUCGCUCCGUUCGCCGGCUUUACAACGUUGAGAGACUCAGGGAGGCAAGCAAAGCACUGAACAUCACCUUGCAGUCCGCUGUCUUGUCCUUAUGGUCUGGCACCUUUGGCAAAUCUUUCUCCCCAAGAGCUGCGAUGGGGGUUGUGGUUUCAGGGCGCGUUCUCGACAUAGAAGACGUCGAGGAUGUGAUGGGCCCCCUUUUCAACACCUUGCCUUUCUACCCAGACGUCGCCACGAACAACACGCUACAGAAGCUGGCGCAGAGGUGCCAUGACUUCAACGUGUCAACCCUGCCUUUUCAGCACACGGCGUUACGAAACAUCCAGAAAUGGUGCAGCGGAGGUCAUCCCAUUUUCGACAAUCUCUUCGUCUACCAGAAUGACGUGCCUUUGGCCAGCAACGCCGAGACAUUCUGGACGGUAGAAGACAGCUUCGUGGCCAACGACUACCCGCUUGCCUUUGAGGCAACUGCCAAGGGAGAUGCCGACCUUCAGGUCCAAAUUGUUGUCCGCCAAGACGUGGCAACUGAGGCUGACGUCCAACGAAUCUUGGAAGACUUUGAAGAGGGCAUGUUUGCUUUGGCUACCGGAAGAGCGGGCACGUUGCGCAACCAAGCAUCUGCACUGACCUCUCAAGAAAGCUCAGCGGGCGCUUCACCAUUGACUACUCGAAGCGCUAGCACCGAUUCCGCGGGACAUUCAACAGACGUCAGCGCCCCAGAGUUUACCGUAUCAAACUUUGGGUGGACAGAGGCAACACUCGCGAUUAGGUUCGAGAUAUCGAGAUUGGCCCAGAUCCCGGUCGAAAGCAUCUCCGAGUGCAACUCGUUGCUUGAGUUGGGCUUGGACAGCAUUGAUAUCGUCAGCUUGUCAGCCAGGCUCAAGCAAAAAGGCAUCGACAUAUCCAUGUCUCAACUGUUACGAGCCCAAAACAUCGAGAGCAUGGAGAAGGUCAUAGGACGCGAGGUGCCGAGGGACAGCGGAGAAAAGUCAAACACAACAUUCGAUGCACUCUUGCUGCAGCUUCACGAAGCUGUCGUAGCGGCUGGGUACGACAUGGGAACAGUCGAAAGCGUUCUGCCGCCAACGCCCCUUCAAGAAUCCAUGGUAGCUGACAUGAUUGACUCAAACUUUGAGCGAUACUUCAACCACGACGUGAUGGAGAUUUCCAAGGAUACUAUCGUGGAGUCACUAGUAGACGCUUGGCUCGAGGUUAUCUCACAGUCACCAAUAUUGCGAACGGUCUUCUUACAAGUCGACGAUCCACGGCUCGAACAAACAUUUUGCCAGAUUGCUCUGGCUCACCACUUGCCCUCGAUCCAACACAUUCAGCUCCAAGGCGAACAAGAAAUUGAGGGAGUCUACACAGCGCAUCGCCAAAAUGCAAGGAACGCACGGGGUGCUUCCCAAUUGCUCCAGUUGACGAUCGCGCACGUCGGUGAUCAGAGUUAUGUCGUUUUCAGCAUCGCCCACGCUCUUUACGAUGGAUGGUCAUUGGCUCUCCUUCAUCAAGACGUCGAUUCGGCUUACCACAAUAUGCUGGAGCAACGCCCGUCUCCACGAAAUUUGUUGCAGAGCCUGCUGCAGUCACCGACUGACAAAAGCCAACGAUUCUGGUCCCAAUAUCUAGCUGGUGCCCCCCCUUCGCUUCUUCCAGAGAGUACCACACCCCCCACCGACGCUAUACAUCAUGAUGAGACCAUGUCAAGCUUGAGUUCUGGAGAAGUCAUGGCAUUCUGCAAAAGAAACUCGGUCACCUUACAAGUCCUUGGUCAAGCCUGUUGGUCAACUGUUCUUGCCACACGACUCGGCGCUCUGGAUGUUUCAUUCGGUGUUGUCCUGUCCGGGCGCGACACAGAGGAGGCCCAGAGUCUCAUGUUCCCUACGAUGAAUACCGUUGCGCUUCGGUGCGUCCUUCACGGCUCAGCUAGGUCAUUCCUGCGAUACCUUCAGGACACCAUGUCGGACGUUUAUGAAUACCAAACGUAUCCUCUUCGGAGAGCACAGCUUGCUGGCAAGCAAGCACCCGGAGGCCUUUUCAAUACGCUCUUUCUCCUCCAGCGGCAACCGAGUAUCGCCAAACAUCACACGAAAAACGUCGGUCUGGCAAAGUCGGUUCAAGCCUCAGCUACUACCGACUUUGCGGUAUGUAUAGAAUUGGAAGCAACAGAGGACCACCUCGUUUGGCGCGUUGCUGGCAAAGAAGCGUCCACAUCCGAGCACGAUGUUAAGGAACUUCUGGAGCAUCUCGACAGGGCAAUGAAUCACUUUGUGCAGAGACCGGAGAGCAGCCUCUUACAGUUUGAAGGCGACCGCACUUCAAUUUGCCACCUUCCAGCUUUCGUGUCCGAUUCGCAAACCACAAUGCCAGAUAGCGGCAAGGACAACGGCAACGCGAUGGCUCUCGAGGAACCCGAAUCUCAAGUCGAGUCGACCAUUCGUCAGAUUCUAUCAGAAGUUUCCGGAAUACCAUACGAGUCUAUUUCAAGGGACAGCACCGCUUACCACCUUGGCCUCGACUCUAUCAGCCUUAUCAAGGUAUCCUCAAUAUUAAAGAAGAAGGAUAUCAUGCUCGGCGUGCAUGCCCUCCUUACGGCGUCGUCUCUCAGUCACAUGGCAAAGCUAGCAGGGAAUGCCCCAAAGCCACUAUCCGCAGAGGUACAGGAGGCCUGUUUGAUUCCCGACAGGAUCAAACUUGAGCAAGUGCAGAGCCUGGCAGGCUUUGCAGAAUCCCAGGUCGAAGACAUUAUGCCUGCGGUGCCAAUGCAAGUUUACAUGAUGACCGCAUGGCAAAACUCCCAAGGCGGUGUUUUUUAUCCGGCGUUCCGCUAUCAAUUGGACGAGUCGGUGUCUUUAAAUGCGGUACAAAAAGCUUGGGCAGAUCUCACAGCGACGGAGACGCUUCUCCGUACUUGUCUCGUUGCAACAGGCGAUUGGGACAUGCCGUUCCUGCAAAUCGUGCUAGCUCCAAACGUCACAGGACCGCAUUCGCAGAUCUCGCUUCUCGGCAGUGGCUCGGAGAAAGAAGUCGCUAGCGAGUGCUGGCCACAAGUCAGAAUGACCGCGGAACAGCGUGCGGACGGCGUGUGGGAGCUGACUCUCAAUAUACACCAUGCGCUCUACGAUGGCAUCACCCUUCCCGGCAUUCUGGACAAGCUGAGACAGAAUGUCGUCAAUAACAACAAGAAAGAUGAACAGAAGAAUCCUUCGUCUCGGCCAUGGAGGUCAUUUAUUGCCCACCACCAGUCUCCGGGCAUCAUCGAUGAACGCAAGGCGUUUUGGACACAAUAUCUAGCAGAUGCCGCCGAUUCUGCACCUCCACCUCAGCAGACACAUCAUUCCUUCGGAGACAGAACUGCCUACCUCCGGCGAUCCGCCGUCUCGGGCAUGGGCACAAUGAACACUUCAUGCGCCAGCAAUGGAGUUGGGCUACCAGCACUCGUGUUCGCUGCAGUAGCACAGAGCCUGCACGCAAGAAGGGUUCCGAGUAGCGAGCCUGUCAUAUUUGGCAUCUACUACAGCAACCGGGCAGAAAAGGACGAUCCGGCAACGGAGCUUUACCCAACGCUGAAUCUGCUGCCGUUGAAGGUCAUGGUCCAAGAGAAGACGGGGCUCAUGGAGCUGGCGCAGGACGUUCAGCAAGACCUACACCGUAUCACGUCCUUGGCUAACUCGACCGUGGGACUGUGGGAGAUCAAGGAAUGGACAGGCGUUGCAGUCGACGUUUUCGUGAAUUUCCUCAACCUGCCCAAAAGGCAAGAACCCCCCGACGUAUUUCAUGAGGUCGUAGAUGAUCGUCUCUUCAAUGAAGACAACAGGCCUACCUCACGGGCCAGUCCGGACCCUUCAAACUUUGACGCCACUUGGUUGAGCAAAAACACGGUUCGAGGUGCUUUCCCGGCUGCGAUGGAUAUCGAGGCUGCUGUGAACGGGGAUGCAUUGGACAUGGGCGUCUUCGGCUCUGUCGCGAGAACGACGAUAGAAGAGGCCAAGGCCUUGGUCGAUGGCAUCGCGGGAUGUUUGAGCUUGUUCAAAACGUAG